AUGCCUCAACCACUCCAACACACUCUUCAUUCCCUCUUAUAUAACCUCAAAACUGAUUCCAUUGCACUCAUCAAAACAGAGAUUAAUCAUCUACAUCUGAAAAACUUUGAAACAAGAUGACUAUGGGAUUGUUAAGAAUAGCUCCCUUGGGAAUGUUGGUUAUCUUUUCUCAUUUGACGAUUUCUAUAACAGCAGUUGACCCUAUUGCAGCCACAGGAAAAGAACCCAUUAUUGAGUUAUUCAUGCAUGACAUUCUUGGUGGAAGUAAUCCAACGGCCCGACCCGUAACCGGUUUGCUAGGUAACAUAUACAGUGGUCAAGUGCCCUUUGCAACUCCAAUUGGAUUCAAUACUCCGGCAGGUGGGACUGUCAUCCCUAACGCCAAUGGUGCUAUUCCCACCGUCAAUGGAGUUACCGGUAUCCCGUUAGGAACUGGUUUGGCUGGUACUUCCUUUGCACCAAACGGCAACAACCAAAACAAUGUUCAAGUGCAGUUAGGACCAGAUGGACUUGGACUAGGAUUUGGUACUAUCACUGUUAUUGAUGAUAUACUUACAUCUCAACCUGAAUUAGGUUCCCAGAUAGUUGGAAAAGCACAAGGUGUCUAUGUGGCAAGUUCGGCAGAUGGGAGUAGACAGAUGAUGGUAUUCACAGCUUUGUUUGAAGGAGGGGAAUAUGGAGAUAGCUUGAACUUUUAUGGUUUGUAUAAAAUAGGAAGCACCAUGUCGCGACUAUCGGUAAUAGGGGGCACGGGAAAGUUCAAGAAUGCAAGGGGGUUUGCUGAACUGAGACCUCUUAUCCCACCAGGACAGAUUGCCACUGAUGGUGCUGAGACAUUGCUAAGGAUCAGUGUCCAUUUGAUCUACUAGAGCUGUGCUGUAAAGAUGGAAAAGCGACUGGGUGGUUUUUUUACUUUCUAAUUACAGAUGACAAUGAGAUUGUUCUUGUAUGUUCUCAACUUUGAUUGUAUGAUUGUAUGUGAAAUCCUAUUUGUAAUCCCAUGAUAUCAUGUUUUGUUAUUGAUGGUACUGUGCUGCUCACUUAAUGCCAUCUAAUCAAUCAGUCUUAAGAGAGAUUUUAAAAAUUUGAAUGCAAAAUUCUCCAGACCAUAUGUUAUGUGUUAAAAGAGAAAAAUCAAACAAGUCAGAUCAGACGCUAUCAUAAAUGGUGA